GCCACCUCCAGUACUCGUUGGGCUGCCCUCCAAAGUCGAAAUCCCAAAUCAGCAAGUGCAUUCGUCUACUGCGUCACAACAACCAAAAUAUACUGCCGUCCGACAUGUCCCUCACGCCUCGCAAGACGAGCAAAUAUCGUGUUCCAUGACACUGCCGCUGAAGCAGCGGCGGAAGGGUUCAGAGCGUGCAAGCGCUGCCGCCCAGAACUGAGAGAUGGGGCCGGCGAUCCUCAGAAGAUGGCUGUUGGGAAAGCGUGUGAUUUGGUCAGGAAGGAGCAGAGUGGUGAAGUAGAUAGGAAGUGCAGCGUCAAGGCGCUGGCAACGGCGGUGGGGUUGACGGAAAGCCAUUUCUGCAGGAUCUUCAAGAAGGUUAUGGGGAUGACCGUGGGGGAAUACCGGGCUUCUAUU